AUGAGCAAAGGUACAAUGAAUAAAAUAGUCAUUAUUGGUGAAGGUAGAGUUGGAAAGACUUCACUUACAUUGAGAUAUUGCAAAGGAGAAUAUAGCGAUACAUAAGAAUCUACAAUUAAUGUUUCUUAUUUAGAAAAAACAGUCCAAGUAAAUGAGACAGAUAAAGUUAACAUUGCUAUUUGGGAUACUGCAGGACAAGAAAAAUUCAAAUCUAUAACUCCUAUGUAUUACUAGUAAGCUGUCUGCGCUAUUAUUGUAUAUGAUAUUACUUAUAAAGAAUCUUUUGAUAAGGUUAAAUCGUGGGUUACUGAGCUAACUUAAAUUUUAGAUACAAAUAAGAUAGUAAUAUGUAUAGCAGGAAACAAGUGCGAUCUAGAAAAUAAUAGAUAAAUUGAUAAAUAAUUUGCAGAAGAUUAUGCUAAAUCUGUGGGUGCUCGUCAUUUCCUUACAUCUGCUAAAAACAACAGAGGUAUUGAUGAACUUUUCUAAUAUGUUGGCUAAGAAAUUCUAAAAAGAAAUACUAACAAAGGAAAGAAAAAUAGUAAAAUGAUUAUAAAUAAUCAAUCAAUUCUUGAAGGUGAUAAAAAGAAAGAAGAAAAAAAGAAGAAGGACUCUUGCUGUUGA